AAUCUUGAUACUGGAUUUUCUUAUAAUACUAAUCCUGAAAUGUUUGAAAUGGAUUUCGAUGAUUGGAAAGAUACUAUAAUCGAGAGAGAAGAUCCAGAAUUUGAAACGUAUACCAAACCACAUUUUAUCUACAACGAUCUUUAUUGCGGUGAUUUAUAUAAUUUUUUACAAUUCAUAAGCUCUAUUGAAUCCUUAAUAGAAUAUUAUUCUACUUAUGAAUACGAUCAUUUAUUGUUGAAUGAAUCAAUUAUUCAACAAAUGCUAGCUGUACAACUAAAGGUAGAUGUACUAGCACAAUAUUUACAGCCUUUUUGGAAAAUGUACAUGAUUGCAAUUUAUAUAAAAAACCACACGAAGAACUUUAUAUUAUCGAUGAAAUCACAUGUUACGACAAUUCUAAAAAAUAUAAAGGAUUGUUUAUCGUUGUAUACAACUAAUUACUGUCGAGAAAAUAAUAAAUACAAUAUAACAGAUGAAUUUUACGCACUAGAAAAAAAAGAGAUGAUUUCAAUGAUAAAAAAAGUAGAGACAGUAAUGGAAAAUAGAAAUAAUAUUAAUAAUAUUUUACUGCACGGUGAAGAAGUAGAAGAUUGGGUUUCUCUUAAUAUAAUAUAUCUUCACGAAAUUAUUCAAAAUACAGAUAUGUUGAAAACUAUAAUAAUGGAUUUCGGUGAACAAAAUGAGAAAACUUACGAAGACAUUAUCAAAGAUAUUAAUAUUGCAUGUCAAGCUGCAAAGAAUUAUUAUUGGUUUGAUAUAUGGAUUUCGAAAAUUAGAGUUUAUCAUGAUAAAAUCUUUAACAUCUUUAGAGUCGUAACUUUACAUUUAAUUAGAAAGCAUCUAAUGUAUUUAAUAAAUAAGGAUGAAAAAAUUGUGUUUCAGUAUAAUUCCCAAAUGCAUAAUUUCUUGCAACGUAAUAUGUAUAUAUUUGAUUUAUUAUUUCCUAAAUUUUUAAAUUUCCUAACAAGAUUUGAAUGGAAACCAGAUGAUAUGUUUGAAAACUAUGAUCAUUUAAACAAUUGUAUAAUCGGUAGGGUUGAAGACAUGAUAAAAGAACCAUUUGGGGUUGAGUCGUUUGAAAUAUUACAAAUAGAAGUAAAUAAUGAAAUAUAUAACAUGAAUUCAAUUGAGAAAACUAAUACACUAAUGAAAUUAGUUCAAAUAAGCAAAGGAAAAAAAGAAAAAAUUGAAGAUUUUCAAAAUAUCUCUGAUAACAUAGGCUUGAAUGAUAACUUUGAAAGAUUUAAUAUAUUUUUAGAAUAUUUUAUAAAUAUAUUUAAGCAUAAACUUAAGGUUUUUUGGUCGUUCAAACAAUUUAGUUCGGACUACAAUAUAACUAAAUAUCGAGAGCGGCAAGAAGAAAGAUUUCUUGAUCUAUAAUAUAUUUAUAUAUAUAUAUGUAUAAAUUAUCAAAAUUACUUAUAAUUGUUUUCGUUAAAAUUAAUAAAAAUCUAAAUUUAAUUUUUCAAUAAUAAUAAAAUAAAUAAUAUUUGAACGGUUA